AGCAAGCUGCUACAGGUGAAAUAAAUAUAUGACUUCUUUCACGUCCUGCAGCACAGGAGUAGUCAGAGAAGCUCAACACCUUUGAGCUGCAGAACAGUCAAUAACAUGUCUCAUGUUCAGCCAAGUAAUAUUAGUCACGAGAUACAGACAUUCCUGAUUAAAAUAUGAAAUUACAGCGGCAAUAGACCGCGAAGAAGAGUGAAGGUGGUCACCGCUGCUUUCCACGCGCGUCCCUCCCGUCAAACUACUUUUGAGGGCAUUUUGUUUUUGUGUUUCCUUUUCCCGGUUGGACUGAUGUCUCCUUUGAGGUCCAUAUUGCUGGUGGGAGAAGGGAACUUCUCAUUUUCUGCCUCUGUGAGCCAGUUGGAGUCAGAGGCCAGCAUCACGGCCACAUGCCCGCAGCAUCAGGAGGAGGCGCUGCGGCACGACGGCGCAGCCGAUAACAUCACGACCGUCAGGGACUCCGGUGGGGCGGUGCUUUUCGAGGUGGACUGCACGAGGCUGGGGGAAUGCGCCUCUCUCCGGGGCUGUGUGUUUGACCGGGUGGUGUUUAACUUUCCUCACUGCGGGAGGAAGAGUGGGGUUAAAAAGAACAGAGAACUUCUCAAACACUUCUUCAUCAGUUGUGGCCAGGUGUUGUCUGAAGACGGGGAGGUCCAUGUUUCCUUGUGCAACGGACAGGGCGGCACACCGGCGGACCAACCGAGGCGAGAGUGGCACAACAGCUGGCAGGUGGUCGCCAUGGCAGCAGAGGCCCACCUGAUCCUGAGUGAUGUCCGUCCCUUUGAGAGGGAGAACUAUCAGAGCUACAAGUGCACUGGAUACAGGAGCCAGGAUAAGGGCUUUCAUGUGGAGAAGGGUCUCCUCCAUGUGUUUACUCGCAGCCCGCCCUACACCUCCGCUCAGACACUUGAGGUGGAGGAGGCCGUGGAGGGGGACAGAGUUGUGUACGCCAUGCCAGCCGAGCUCAGUGAUUACAUAUUCAGGGGAUUUCUCUGCUCCGGUUCGGCCCACCCCGUUAGGUUGGUGCAAGAAUUUCUUCUCAAAGGACUGUCAGAGAAGUGGUCCGUCUCCAUGACGACGGAGACCAUUCCCUUCCUCCUCGCGGCCAAACGGCUGCAGGCGAGCGGCGGUGACGUCGACGCGGCUGACUGCUACCGGAUCCACCCGCUUCAGAGCGGCGGCGACUCUGACGCCGACGCCUCGACAGACAACGGGAAAGAUCCGUUGUCGGACAGUCGGGGACGAACGGACACACGGGACCCUCCGUCAACCACGCGUCUCGCCUCCGAUAACGUGGACAGGGUGAAGAGUUUAGGAGCUGAGAGUUUACGGUUCGCAUGCUUACACAUUGACCCUGAGGGGGGAAGUGGUCUUUAUAUGCUGCGUCCAUCCCUGCUUCCUCAGAUGGAAGAGCUUCUCACGAAGAAAGAAGAGUCGGUUAACGCGGCAGGGGGUCGUGGGGUGGACGAGGGGAAUAACACGAGCGUCGGAGUCGAAGGACACGGGGAGGGGGAGGGGCCGCGCGGGGGCCGCGCCGGCGCCGCCGGCUCGUUGUUUGGCGUCAGCGGCCUGGUGUUCCGGAACGUGCACGUCGCCCUCUGGAAUCCGCCCGCCUUUCACGAGCUCCUCCUCACAGGUGUUUUCCCCUCGGAACGCGAGCCGAUGAAAUCGCUCGGACGGCGGCUGGAGUCGCUGCUCGCGCCCUACGGGGUCUCCUUCGUCGCGGGUCGGGGGGGUCUGCGUAUGACGGCGCAGUCCAAGGGUUCGGUCGGGAAGGUGUUUGCGAGCGACGUCCGCGUCACCGCGUCCCUGAACUUGGACCUUCUUUCCACGCUGGUGUUCUCGCUCCCCGACUGGCGGCCGCUGUGGUCCCACGACCCGCACUUUUUACAACAGUUUGAGCGGCACCCGUCUCCGGGGACGGCGUUCCGCCCGCUGUCUCUGUUCCCCGAGCACUUCAGCUUCGACAUUAGCUUCUGGACGGGGCCGACGUGGGAGGAGAGGAGGUUCCACGGCGUGAUCCGAGAGGCCAGUCGUGGGACGGUGGAGCACGUCGAACUCGUGGACACGUUCUCACAGCCGGACCUGAGCCGGACCAGCUACUGCUACAGGCUCACCUACCACUCACACACACACGCGCUGUCUCACACGCGAGCCCUCCGGUUUCAUAAAGACAUAGAGACCUCUCUGACCUCUCGGCUGCAUGUCACCAUCAGGUAGCAACGUUUGUAUCUUAAGGAGGACCAGGAGCUGAAGCUCUUUUAAUUACAGUGUCCUUUUUGUUGUAGUUGAACAGUGUUUACAGUAGUUGAGGCAUUGCGUGCUAUAGUUGGUCAUUGAAAAGUGAUUUUACUGUGUGCUUUAAGUAUCAUUCAAUCAACGUGUUAUCAGAUUCAUCUUUAUUGAACAGGUUUGACAACACAAACCAUGUUUUCUGUAAAUUGUAAACAAGUAUACAGUAGUGCACUAUUCGGCUUAUUUAACAUCAAUUUGUAGUCAGUAGUCACAGUAAAAAAAAUGUAAAACAUGUUAUACUUGCUGUGACAAAGCAUAAAAGAAAGUGUUCUUGCUAGUAACAGCCUGGAAUCAAGUCCAUGAGGCAGUUUAUUCCUCUACAAUGGUGGUGAAAUACUCCUUCACCUGAGUAAAAGUAACACUACCAGUGUAAACAUUCUGCAUUCAAAACGAUCAUUCUUAUAAGUACAGCUUUACAUGAUGAGUUCAUGUAAAUCCCAGCAUAGCUUCAAACAACUCCAUUUUGAGUGGAUCUAAUAGUAACUAAAAACGACUGAAGGAUAUGUGGGGCCUUUAAUCCAUAACAAUGCAUCACAUUUAUUAAAUUGAUUGUAGUGGCAUUCCGUAUAGUUCUGGGUCUUCUGGACCACAAUUUUGAGUUAAGUCUUAGAAACUAUUAAUUGACACGCGAGUGAGACAAGUGGUUCUUCCAUAAAAAAUGUUUACUAGAAAACAUAGAGUUACAUGUUCACACGGUCAAAAAACUAUGUCGCUUCCACGGAAUAAUUAAUCACUUUUUCUACGUUAUACUUCUUGUGGAAAUGCCACACACGUCGUCACAUCUAGCGCCCCGGUGUGAAUGACUUCCGCAUCCAGCGUCACGAGAGCAGCAGCAGCCAAUUAGAUCCAACAGCGGAGCAGCUCAGCGCUGAUUGGCUCUCACAACGCAGCGUUCUGGUUCUGUGCUGUGACGUCGCUACUCGCGAGUGACGUCACGGAGCUUUGAUCCAGAGUGUGUAAAUAGAGCAGACUCGAGCGCUGUUCUGAGGUCUACUAGAGGAUCUGGGAGAGUGCUGGGAACCAUGGUAACCAGGAUGUGUACCUUGGAUACUCGUAGACUGGGUGGGGUGGUGGGCCAGAGCAGGCUCAAGCACUUGUCUCAAGCCUACUUGAGGAUCUGGGAGAGUCCUGGAGACCAGGAUGUGUACCCUAGGUACUCGUAGACUAGGGGGGAGGAGAUAGAUAUUUCUCUGAUAUAUACACACGUACAUACAUAAAUACAUGGUGAACUAAUCUUACAUUAGGUUGUUCAGCUGUAGUAAGACGGCUGAAGGCCUAGGUAGAAAAUGCACGGCCCGCAACUGCGACUGACAGUCCAACACGCAGGUGUUAUACUGACGUAACGUCAUCUGAUUGGAAGCUUACAUUCUGACAAGUUAUUCAGCUUUUAAAUACAAUAAUAACGAAUACAUGUUAACCUAAACAUUAUUUCAAAUCAUAAUGAAAAAGAUGUAUCUUCAGUUACCUUUUUUAAUCUUUUCAAACUAAAUUAUUCUAACAAAUUAAAACAUGCAUGUGGCUCUUACAGUGAUCAUAUGUUUUAAUUGUAGAAAUCAAAGUACCAAGAAACUAUACCAGCUAAAUAAAUCUGUUGAAGUAAAAAUUACAGUUGAAGUAUAGCUCCAAUAUGAUAUGUUAGUCUAUUACAGACAGUUCAUUUGCUCUGCACUCAUACACACACUUUGCUUUUUGCACACUGUCUAUUUAAUAUUUUUUUUGUAUUUGAUUUGAUCUGUCAGUGUUGUUUUGUGCAUGUGUGUUGUAUAUAUAUUUACAUAUAUAUUUUAUUUUGUUUUGUAUUUUAUUUUACCUUUAUUUUACUUGUAUACUUCUAUAUCUUUCAUCCCUGUUUCUUAUAUUUUGUGUUUUGUUUUUUACUCUUGUGUGUUGCUGCUACUGUCACGACAAAUUUCCCCUUGGGGAUUAAUAAAGUAUAUAUCUAUCUAUCUA